GGCUGUUUACUUCCUGUACCGCGGAGCUUUUUCUUACCAGAGAAAAUAGCGGCUGCGCUCUGCCUACAGCCGCAAACCAGAUUCUGACAGUCGGCCCCGAAGAGGAAAAAGCUCCGGUGAAUACACCCAUCGACCCGUGCGAAACCUAUAGACGUCCUGUUUGAGCUGCCGGAAGAUGAGUGCCGGAUGGGCGGGGAGAUAGUUUACCUGGAUAAAAGAAAACACAGCGCUUGUUCUUUCAUUUUGAUAAGACAACAAACGCAGGGAUAAUUUCUUUCUUUUUCUUUUUUUCCUGCUCCGGCGCUGACAUCAGCGAGAACGCGGUGGCUUCUUAGCGCUAGCCGCCAUCGAGAUGUCAAAAUACACAAGCUUCCCGGCGCCGAUGGACGACCAAAACCCUUUCCAGGACCCUGCAGUGACUCAACACAGCAGCAACACAGGAUAUGCCACACUGGACCUUUACAACCCGUUUGAUAACACAGCUGGGCCUCCACCACCAUAUGAAGCCACUCCUCCCACUGCUCCAUCUGCACCUGUGCAGACUCCACCCAGCAGGACAACACCUACCGAGCCUCGCAACUAUGGCUCCUACAACUCCCAGCCUGCGGUGAGCGCUACCACCGCAGAGCUGCUGAGGAAGCAGGAGGAGCUGGAGAAGAAAGCCCAAGAGCUGGAGAGGAGAGAGCGGGAGCUUCAGGCGCACAGCCUCGGACCUGGAGCCUCCCGGCAGAAUAACUGGCCCCCGCUGCCUUCAUUCUGCCCCGUGGGCCCCUGCUUCUACCAGGACAUCAAUGUAGAGAUCACCCAGCGCUUCCAGCGCACUGUCACCAUCAUGUACUACUUCUGGAUGUUCUGCACAGGCACGCUGCUCUUCAACCUGAUCUCGUCCUUGGCCAUGUUCUGUGUGGACCAAUCCGGUGGUGUUGGUGUUGGCCUCGGCCUCUCCAUCCUCUGGGCCCUCCUUUUCACUCCCUGCUCCUUCAUCUGUUGGUAUAGACCUGUGUACAAAGCCUUUAGGAGUGACAGCUCCUUCAACUUCUUUGUCUUCUUCUUCGUUUUCUUCGCCCAAGUGGCUGUCUUUGUCAUCAUGACCAUCGGCAUCCCAGGAUGGGGGUUCAGUGGUUGGAUUGUGAGCCUUUCAGCUCUGAAGUCAAGCGUCCCCGUUGGUGUGAUCAUGAUGAUCAAUGCCAUUCUCUUUACUGCCCAAGCUGCUAUGGGGGUUGUCAUGCUGAAGAAGAUCCACAGUCUGUACAGGCAAACCGAUGCCAGCUUUCAAAAGGCUCAGGCCGAGUUCGCCAGUGGAGUCAUGUCCAAUCAGGCUGUACGCCAGGCUGCUGCCAACGCUGCCCAGGGGGCCUUCACCGCACCUCAAUAGAGAUAACAGGACUGGUUGGAUAAGAUGCGACGGAUGGGGGGGCGGGGGAGGGGGGGGGGGCUUUCAAUGUGAUGGAGAAUCAGUUUGGUAUUCAUUUCCCCACAGGUGAUUAGAAUUUGAUGGAGGGUAGUGGAGUCUAUAUAAUUACCCCCUACUAAAUUUCAGAGCACGUGCAUGACACAGAUGUAGGGCUGUUCAAUCUCCUGUGAUGUACAGGACAGGUUAACUGUAUUAUACCAAAACAGGAAUCAACACAUAGUAAGUGUUGAUUCAAGAACCAGAAAGAUGGAAAAUAAAAACAUGUGAUACAUUAGUGAGUACAGGGAACAUGCUUUUACUACAGAAAGACAACCUGUGUGCCAAGUUGGAUUGUACUAGCCUUGAUAUUUCCCACAGUUAUAGUGAAUACAAAGUGUAAGAGUGGGACUGAAUGCAGAAAUGUUGCCAUUGUUACAUUUGAUCUAUAAUGGAUUCGCUCAACUUUAGCCAGCACUUUUUUUUCCUUUUCUUUUUUUUGUAGCUUAAGUGGAAACUAACCCAUUUGUUUUGUUAUUAUUCUGAAUGAGAAUGCCUAUUUACUGUAUUGCCAAAAGCUUUCAUACUGUAAUGAUGAUGAACAUGUGUUGUUUUGGUUCCCGUAUCUGUCACUGCUCUGUCAGUACUGCUUGUGCAUAUCAUGAGUGUCACUGUCUUGGUUUUAUUAAAAAUUAUAUUGUCAUGCUUUCACAGUC